GGUCCUUUUCGCCAACACCUGUCAAAUUCCAGUUGGGAAGCUGUGAAGGAGCUAAAAAUAAUAGGACUAGGUGACGAUGUUGAUCUACAUAUUAUGGAACUGCCAGUGAGCUAUGAAAUUGCAAAACAAAAAAUUAUUGAAAUGUGGGAAACAUUAAAACCUCAGCUGGCUAUUCAUGUCGGUCUAGCCACAUCCUCUAAAGUCAUUAUCUUAGAACAGACAGGAAAGAACAAAGGCUACAGGGAGAGGGACAUAACUGGACGCUGCCCAGAAGCAAAUUGCUGUAUUAUGGAUGGUGCUAAUAGGCUGGACUCAGCAAUUAAUAUGAAAACUUUAUGUAGACAACUAUCUCAAUUGGAAAGUGAUGUCAUUUUUUCAAGAGAUGCUGGAAGGUACCUCUGUGAUUAUGUUUAUUACGUAUCUCUGUACUGUGGUAAUGGGAUGGCUGCCUUCAUCCACGUACCUCCAUUGUCCAAGGCUUUGACUGCUAAUUUUCUGGGCAGAGUGCUGCAGAAGAUUAUCCAGGAGAUGUUGCUUCAGCUUCAGGAAAUUUUAUGUGAAACACAGUAAUCACCAAAUAAAGCUCACCCUUGCUUUAAAUUCUA